AUGCUGCAAAACACACAGCUCAUGGGGCCUCAGUCCAUGCACAUGACUAUAAAGAUCAAAUCAUUAGCAAAACCUACAAAUGUCCAUUAUUUGUCAUGGGUUCCUCCUGUUUUUCUAACAGCUUUGGAUUCCCAGAACAGAACAAUGUAUUCCGUGACUGAGUUUGUCCUCCUGGGUUUCCCUGGUUCGAGAGAGCUGCAGAGUUGCUUCUUCUCAUUGAUCCUGCUUCUCUACCUCCUGACUCUGCUGGGAAAUGGGGCUAUUGUCUGUGCAGUGAAGUGGGACAGUCGGCUCCACACACCCAUGUACAUCCUCCUGGGAAACUUUGCCUUCCUGGAGAUCUGGUACGUUUCCUCCACCGUCCCUAACAUGCUGGCCAACAUCCUCUCUGAAACAAAGACCAUCUCCUUCUCUGGCUGCUUCCUCCAAUUCUAUUUGUUCUUUUCACUGGGCACAACGGAAUGUUUCUUCUUAUCUGUUAUGGCUUAUGACCGGUACCUGGCCAUCUGUCGCCCACUGCAUUACCCCUCCAUCAUGACUGGAAAGUUCUGUAAAACCCUGGUCUGUGUGUGCUGGGUGAGUGGAUUUCUCUGCUAUCCAGUUCCCAUUGUGCUUAUCUCCCAUCUUCCCUUCUGUGGACCGAACAUCAUUGACCACUUUGUGUGUGACCCAGGACCACUGCUGGCACUCGCCUGCAUCCGUUCCCCUUCUGCUGAGCUUGUCUGUUACACCUUCAACUCAGUGAUCAUCUUCGGGCCCUUUCUCUCCAUCUUGGGAUCUUACACUCUUGUACUCAGAGCUGUACUUCGUGUUCCCUCUGCUGCUGGUCGAAUGAAAGCUUUCUCCACAUGUGGGUCCCACCUAAUGGUGGUGUCUCUAUUCUAUGGAACCCUCAUGGUGAUGUAUGUGAGCCCGACCUCGGGAAAUCCAGCAGGAAUGCAGAAGAUCAUCACUUUGCUAUACUCAGCAGUGACUCCGCUCUUAAAUCCCCUGAUCUAUAGUCUCCGAAACAGAGACAUGAAAGAUGCCCUAAAGAAAGUCUUGAAGUUACCAGUCAGUCAAAGCUGA